GAAAGCCGGCAAGACAAGUCGUUAGGACGUGGUUUCUAGUUUCUACUUGGUCCCACCAUGCUCUCUUCACUUCCGCUUCUCUCUGUCUCUGUGUCUCUCCCAGGCUCUUAACUAUUCUCAUUUCCCGUGUAUCACUCCCCCUGUUUCACAUUGACAUUUGAAACAUUGAAACCCCCACAUGGUCACAUACCAUUUACUAGUCCCCCCACAGACCCCACAAAGUACCCCAGGGACCAAACUGCCAAAACCCAAGUUCGGUUCAUCUCUGGAUCUCUCCACAACACAAAAAAAAAAGCCUCACAUUCUGCAAACUCAAUUUACCCUUUUAUGAGCUCAGAAUAUUUGUUAGUUUCAUCAUUUCAAAACUUACUUCCAAUCCUCAUACAUCUUCCAUUGUCCAAAUGAGCUUAAAGAACCUCAAAGUUUUUAACUUGAGGACAAUUCUCACUUCAGCUGCUCUAGUUUUAAGUUUGGUACACUUUGUCCAAUGCCAAGAUGUGAAUGACUACAACAAUAACCAAUUUGAUAACCCUGCAGUUCUUCCUCUUAUCACACAGGUCGUUUACAGUCAGAUUUCCAAUCUGACUGCUGUUAUUGGUCAGGAUAUUGGCGACCAGUCCAGCUUCUGCAUUAGGGAUUGGAAAACUGACUGGGAUCGAGCCUUUAAUUUUUCAACCAACUUGGAUUUCUUAGCUUCUUGCAUCCAGAAGACUAAUGGAGACAUUACACGUCGCAUGUGUUCAGCAGCAGAAUUGAAGUUUUACUUCAAUAGUUUCUUUGAAAGAUCUGGGAGUACCAAUUACUUGAAACCUAAUAAGAACUGUAAUUUAACCUCAUGGGUAGAAGGCUGUGAGCCGGGAUGGGCUUGUAGUGUUGGCUCAAAUCAGAAGGUUAACCUAAACGAGUCAAAGGUCAUCCCCGCAAGAACACUCAACUGUCAGGCUUGUUGUGAAGGUUUCUUCUGCCCUCAUGGUCUUACCUGCAUGAUUCCUUGCCCAUUAGGUUCCUAUUGUCCCCUUGCAACUCUCAACAAAACUACUGGUGUAUGUGAACCAUAUCUAUACCAACUACCUCCAGGGAAUCCAAACCAUACCUGUGGAGGAGCAAAUAUUUGGGCUGAUGUUGGUAGUAGCAGUGAGUUAUUCUGUUCAGCUGGAUCAUAUUGUCCAAGUACCACCAGCAGACAGACUUGCACUAGUGGACAUUACUGCAGGAUGGGUUCUACAUCUGAGAAAAGCUGCUUUAAGUUGACUUCUUGUAAUCCAAACUCUGCAAACCAAAAUAUUCAAGCAUAUGGAAUAAUGUUGUUAGCUGCUUUAAGUACUCUGCUACUCAUCCUUUACAACUGUUCUGACCAAGUUCUAACGGCCAGGGAAAGGAGACUAGCCAAAUCCAGAGAAGCAGCAGCCAGAAGUGCAAGGGAGACAGCAAAAGCACGUCAGAGGUGGAGAUCAGCAAAAGAUGCUGCAAAGAAGCAUGUAAGUGGAUUGCAAGCUCAUCUAUCACACACAUUUUCUCGUAAAAAAGAUGCAAAGGAUCCCGAGAAACUUAAGAUUUUGGAUCGAGUUAUAUCUGACAUAGAUGAUGAUCCAUUACCACCUCCACAUCCAAGUAUGUCAGCUACCCAUCUACCCUCAAGAGAAAAUAAAAAGGAACCCAGUGAGCUCAUGCAGAUAAUGCAUGAAAUUGAAGAUAACCCUGAUAAUUAUCAAGGUAUAAGUAUUGAAACUGGGGAUAUGAGUUCUCAUGUAAAUGUGCCAAAGGGAAAACAAACUCAUACCCAAAUUUUUAAGUAUGCAUAUGCUCAACUUGAGAAAGAGAGAGCUCAGCAGCAAGAGAACGAGAAACUUACCUUCUCAGGAAUAGUUAAUUUGGCUACUCAUCCAGAAACCAGGAAAAGGCCUCUGAUUGAGAUUUCUUUCAAAGAUCUGACCCUUACCUUGAAAGCAAAAAAUAAGCAUCUAUUGAGAUGUGUUACUGGGAAAAUUAAGCCUGGCCGCAUUGCUGCUGUCAUGGGUCCAUCUGGGGCUGGAAAAACAACAUUUCUUUCUGCUGUAGCAGGAAAGGCAAUUGGAUGCAGGAUGACUGGUUUAAUUCAUAUAAAUGGAAGUAACGAUUCAAUCCACUCAUAUAAGAAAAUCAUUGGUUUUGUGCCACAAGAUGAUAUUGUACAUGGAAACUUGACAGUGGAAGAGAAUCUCUGGUUCAGUGCAAAGUGCAGACUACCCACUUACUUGUCAAAACCGGAUAAAGUUCUAGUUGUUGAAAGAGUUAUUGAGUUCUUGGGGCUUCAGACAGUGCGGGCAUCGUUGGUUGGAACAGUGGAAAAGCGAGGAAUAUCUGGGGGCCAGAGAAAGAGAGUAAAUGUUGGAUUGGAAAUGGUCAUGGAACCUUCACUAUUGAUCUUAGAUGAACCCACAUCUGGUUUGGACAGUGCAUCAUCUCAUCAACUUCUUAGAGCACUUCGACGUGAAGCACUUGAAGGGGUAAAUAUCUGUAUGGUGGUUCACCAACCAAGCUAUGCCUUGUUCAAGAUGUUUGAUGAUUUGAUACUUCUGGCAAAAGGUGGUCUUACAGCCUAUCAUGGACCAGUGAAGAAAGUUGAAGAAUACUUUGCUGGCCUUGGGAUCAAUAUCCCAGAGCGAAUAAAUCCUCCAGACUAUUUCAUUGACAUUUUGGAGGGUAUAGUGAUGCCAGGUGGCAGCUCAGGAGUUAGUCAUGAAGAUCUACCUGUCUGUUGGAUGCUUCAUAAUGGGUAUUCAAUACCCCCUGAUAUGAAGCAGAAUGCUGCAAGACUUGCUAGGUCUUCAAUAGAUGUAAUUCCAGCUAAUGAACUCAAUCAUGCUGGUGCUGGAACGGAGGAAAAUUCUUUUGCUGGAGAGUUAUGGCAAGGAAUGAAAAGCAAUGUGGAGCUGCAGCGGGAUAAGAUACGACUUAAUUUUUUGAAGUCCAAGGACUUAACAACGAGGAGAACUCCAGGUGUAUUGCAGCAAUACAGAUACUUUCUUGGAAGGGUUGGUAAGCAGCGAUUACGGGAAACUAGAAUACUGGCAAUGGAUUAUCUAAUCUUAUUACUUGCUGGAGCUUGCUUAGGAUCACUUGUUAAAGUGAGCGAUCAAACCUUUGGUGCAGAUGCUUAUACUUAUACCAUAAUUGCAGUUUCUCUUCUAUGCAAAAUUGCGGCUUUGAGAUCAUUCUCCCUGGACAAAUUACACUACUGGAGAGAGAGUGCUUCUGGCAUGAGCAGCUUGGCUUAUUUUCUCUCUAAGGAUACAAUUGACCAUUUUAAUACAGUGAUCAAGCCUGCUGUAUAUCUCUCUAUGUUUUAUUUUUUCACGAACCCAAGAUCUACCUUUGCAGAUAAUUACUUUGUCUUGUUCUGCCUUGUGUAUUGUGUAACUGGUAUAGCCUACGUGUUGGCCAUAGUUUUCGAACCUGGUACAGCCCAGCUGUGGUCAGUUCUUCUUCCAGUUGUUUUGACUCUCAUCGCCACACAGCCAAAAGAUAGUGAAUUUAUGAAGAUUUUAACUAAUCUAUGCUACCCUAAGUGGGCUUUGGAGGGAUUCAUUAUUGCAAAUUCUGAAAGGUAUUAUGGAGUGUGGCUGAUAACUAGGUGUGGUUCACUUCUAAAAAGUGGUUAUAACCUUCAUCAUUGGAGUCUAUGUUUAGCCAUCCUUAUCCUAAUUGGAAUUUUUAGUCGUGUGAUAGCAUUUUUUUGUAUGCUGAUCUUCCAAAAGAAAUGAGGUCAGACUAAUUGACAUUCUUUUUCCAUACUACAUAUACACAAACCACAAUUUAUGCUACUUUGAGAGGAUUGUAUCACUGUAACAUGUCGUGAAAAUGAGAUAAAGGUUCAUUAAAGUUCUCAGUUCAAUCUGCUGGCUAACACAGGCUGAAUCAUGUAAAAGGUGUUUGACCAGAUCAUGUUGUAUAUCAUAGGAUUUAAUGGUGCAAACUUUUGAUGAGGAUUGGUUGGCGUCUCUAGGGGAGAGGUAUCUCAGAGGUUGUACAUUUGAAUCCAGUUUUGUUUCUGGUUUAUUGUUUGUAGAAAUAGUGGUUUCACUUCCUCCUCUCACACAACAGUGAGUAGGGCUAUUUGAAACAGUGCAACAUUUA